CCCCAGGCUCCCUCUGCCUGUGUGACUGGCCAGCAGGAGGUGGUGUUAACUUUCUAGCCACUUCUCACACUCUGUGAGACAGGCUGCAGAAUGUUUUGCUCCAGCUCAUCCCAGCCUGGCGUGGGACAGGGAAGAGAAAUGGCUGCAGUGGAGUCAGUCCAGGGGCUGGUGACCUUCAAGGAGAUGGCUAUGUAUUUCACCAGGGAAGAGUGGGCUCUGCUGGACCCCACUCAGAGAGCCCUCUACUGGGAUGUCAUGCAGGAGAACUAUGAGACUGUGACCUCGCUGGGCCAGAGAAUAACAUCCAUGUUUCGCUGCAGAUCAUCUCGUCCUCCCAGGGGCAAGGAAAUGGCUGCAAUGGAGCUGGCUCAGGGGCCGGUGACCUUCGAGGAGGUGUCUGUGUAUUUCUCCAGGGAAGAGGGGACUCUGCUGGACCCCACUCAGAGAGCCCUCUACAGAGAUGUCAUGCAGGGGAACUAUGAGACGAUGGUCUUGCUGGCCUCAAUAGGUCCCUGUGAUGGAAUGUAAGGCUACAUCUAGACUACCCACCGUAUCGGCGGGUUAAAAUCGAUUGCUCGGGGAUCGAUAUAUGGCGUCUCAUCUAGACGCCAUAUAUCGAUCCCCGAGCGCGCUUAUAUCGAUUCCGGAACAACACCAACCCCAACGGAGUUGCUGAUUUGACAGGGGGAGCCGCGGACAUCGAUCCCGCGCGGUGAGGAUGGGUGAGUAAUCCGAUCUUAGAUAUUCGACUUCAGUUACGUUAUUCACGUAGCUGAAUUUGCGUAUCUAAGAUCGAUUUCCCCCCGUAGUGUAGACCAGCCCUUAAUGUCUUCACACCUUCCCCCUGCAGGAGAAUGGCUGUUUGACCAGCUGUUUGCCUUGCUGUCUCUGAGGAACUGGUCUGUGGGUGUUCCCCAGAACUGUAACUUUUUCAGUAAUAUCAUACUGUAAAAUCUCACAAUUUUACAUACAGUGUUACUACACAUUUUAACAGGAGGAUAAUAUUCAGUAGGUUAUGCGUUUUCUAAUGAUACCUCACAAGCCAUACUGGGUACAAAAUUGAUCAUAAUUUUCUAGAAGAGUGAACACAGGGGUACAGAUUGACACAGUGUCUGUGUGUGUGUUCCCAGCAGAUAUGUGGGUAUUUCAAUCCCUCCUAAGCACAAUGUUUGGCAUCUUCAAGGACCUGGGGAACUGGUCCUGGGAAUUCACUAGUUUAGCAAGUGUGAGACUGCAUG